ACUUAAAUGAACUAACUCUCGUCGUCUGCCCGAGUAGGAACAAAGAGAGAGAAAGAGAGAGAGAGAGAGAGAGCGCAACAAUGAGCGAAGGUCCGAAGCUAUUCAGCAACAAACCUAAGAAAUCGCAGCUGAAACCGGUAUCACCGUCGCCACAAUCGUCGUCGUCGUCGUCAAUGGCUCAACCUUCUUCGCAUACUCCGCCUCCUCUUGAACCACCGAGGGAAUCUUUCGCUCGCCGGUACAAGUUCGUUUGGCCUCUUCUCCUCGCCGUCAAUCUCGGCGUCGGAGCUUACCUUUUCAUGAGGACAAAAAAGAAGAAUUCGGGCGUAGAGGAAGAAGUUUCAGGAGUUCCUCCCACUCCCACUCCUAGUCCGAGUACUGCUGCUGUAACUGUUCCUGUUACUGAAAAAACCCCAUCCCUUCCACCUGUUGUGGAACCUGUGAUGUUACGUGACCCAAUACCUGAGAAUCAGCAGCGAGAACUUUACAAGUGGUUGUUGGAAGAGAAGAGGAAGGUGAAGCCCAAAGAUGCUGAAGAGAAGAAACGUAUUGAUGAAGAGAAAGCCAUCCUCAAACAGUUUAUUCGAACAAAAUCUAUCCCAAGUUUGUAAAUCCAGUUAGCAUUUCUUCUAGUUUCACAGUGCCGAGAGAUUCUGAAUUAGGAUUGUUCUUUUCUCCUCUGUUAAUAUUUAUUUCCUGGGAGUUAUGUUGAAGUUUGAGAUUUGCUUUCAUGGAAUAUCAAUUCUUAUUUUGUGUUUCA